CAACAAUUACAAUCAUGUCAAUGGUGGGAUCCCACCAUUGGCUUUCAAUUAUUUUUCAUUACUUACCUAUCUACACCAUUUCCUCAUUUGUUUCCGAGAAAUUUCCCCCUUCAGAAAUUCGAGAAAAAUCAGAAUUCUAGAAGAAGACGCUCAAAAGCUGUAAUAAUUCUUAUUAUACAUAAUCACUUAUUUUUGCCUAAUAAGUAAUCAUCUCAAUGGCUGGCAUGCUUCCUGGAGUUGAAUCUGCAAGAAGAAGAAGAUUCCAUUCUGAUUCUCCAAACCCAUCUGGUUAUAACUUCACAAGGCGUUCAUCUUUUUGUUUAUAUACAAGCAAUCAUGAGAACCUGCACAGUUCAUCCUCUUCCAUGAGGAUUCCGAUAGGCCAGGCAUAUUGUGAUGAAAAGCUAGGGGCUGUAGCUAGAGAAGCCAAGAAAAGGCUGGAUGAGAAGCUGAAAGCACAGUGGAAAUCAAAAAUCAAAAGGGUUUCGAGUGAGCUACAAAGGCCAAGAAAUCUGGAAGGCAGCCCUGCAAUUGAAGGGAAAGAAGUAUUUGGAUUAAAGAAAAAGUUUAAUUGGGCAAAAAUAAGCUGGAAAUGUACAGAACAAGAGGAGUGUGCAGUUUGUUUGGAGCAUUUUGUGGCCGUAGACACCCUAAUGCAGUUGCCAUGUGCCCAUAAAUUCCAUUCAAAGUGUUUGGUGCCAUGGCUAGAGAGUAAUGCACAUUGUCCUUGUUGUAGAAUGGAAAUUCAAAAUUGAUAAAAAUAAAAUAAAAAUGAUGUCAUGGAUUUCGAUAAUAAAGCUACGGAAUUCGAUGUUGGAUAAGUGUAGUUUCAUUUCGUUGUUUACUUUUCCUUCUAUUUACAAUUUUUUUUUUCAAUUACGAAUGAACCUUUGUUGUAAGGUCGAUGUGGUUGGUACUUGGUAGCUCCCCUAGUUUGAAGUUUAGGCGUGGGAGGGUUUUUGAGGCGGAGUUUUAA